ACCAAUCUCAUGUUUUCUGAGUUUUGAACAUCGUCCACUGAUCAACGCGGAAUUCGUUUGUCUGUGGAUAAUAAUUGAGCAACACGUUUUUGCCGGUUUUUCGCACAGUUUGUGUAAACGUUUUGUCCUAACUUGGUUCACUUAAAGUCGGUUUUUUAAGUCAGUUUAACUAACUCAGAAAACAACAUGCCUGAAUUGACGGAAAUCGAUUGUACCAAAAAGGUGAGCUUCGAUGAGCCCAAAAAAGAUGCCGAUAGCGACAGCGACUCGAGUGGUGUGGAUGUCGGCGCCGGUAAGGGAGCAGAAAGCGCUAGCGGUACCGUAGCUGAAGACCUAUCUAACAAAGCCAGACAAUCAAGAGGAGAGAAAAAAGCCAGAAAAAUAAUUUCCAAAUUAGGUCUAAAACAGAUUCAUGGCGUUAAUAGAGUGACUAUUCGAAAAUCUAAAAACAUCUUGUUUGUCAUCAACAAUCCAGACGUGUUUAAAAACCCGGCUUCUGACACGUACAUUGUGUUUGGCGAGGCUAAAAUCGAAGAUUUGAGUCAACAAGCUCAAGUGGCAGCUGCUGAAAAAUUCAAGUCUGCCGAUAUGAUGCCGAAUGUAUUGGAUAAAGACGGAGCUUCAAGGCCGAUGGUGAGUCAACCCAUACAAGAAGAAGAAGAAGAAGAAGGUGAAAUUGAUUACAAGGGAGUCGAAGAGAAAGAUGUAGACCUGGUGUGCGCACAGGCACAGGUGACCAAACGUAAGGCCAUCGAAGCCCUGCUGAAAAAUAACAAUGAUAUUGUUAAUGCGAUCAUGGAUUUGACUAUGUAAUAAUAAGUUAAGCUCUUAAAAGAGAAAAUAAUCAUCAUUUAUUAAUUAGACUGAUGAUUUGAUCCAAUUAAAUUGAAAAAAUAUAACAGUUGAUUACAUUAAAUACAAAAAAUGAUUACUACUUCUUUCACACUAUGACGUGUAAAUAUUUUUGUUUCAAUCAACAAAAUAUCCAUAGAAAUGUCUGUUUUACAUUUAUUGUUAUUAAAGCUUGUUAAUGCUUUGAUUUUUCAUAUUGAAUAAUAAAUAUCCUUUAAACAAA